AUGCCGUCGCGUCGCGUCCUUGUGUCGCUCUUUCUCACCGGCAGUUGCGCACUAGUUCACGCUGCUGCGCUUCCAGCAGUCCCGGACGAUUACGAUGUGCUCCAAUAUAUUGACCCGCUGAUCGGCACGGCAAAUGGGGGCAAUGUCUUUCCUGGUGCCACCCUGCCUUACGGGAUGGCCAAGGCUGUCGCCGAUACAAAUUCGGAAAACAACCAGGGCGGAUUUGCAUAUGAUGGCAGUAAUGUCACGGGCUUUUCCAGUAUGCAUGACUCCGGUACUGGAGGCAGUCCUUCGCUGGGAAAUUUCCCUCUCUUUGCGUAUGCGGGGUGUGCAAAUGAUACUGUGGAUGGCUGUGUCUUCCCGAAGAAGUCCCGAGCUACCCCGUACGUGCCAGGAUCUGUUGAAUCAACCCCGGGUUAUUUCGCCAUUUCGCUGGCGUCUGGAUUACAUGCUGAUAUGACUGCUGCUCAACAUACAACUCUUUUUCGAUUUAAUUUCACUGGUGCUACCAGUCCGUUGGUUUUGUUGGAUCUUUCCGACCUAUCGGAUUCGCGGCAAGACAAUGCAACUAUAUCAGUUGACGAGUCCACCGGGCGCAUGACUGGAAGUGCUAAAUUCUUGCCCAGCUUUGGCAGCGGAACUUAUACGCUUCAUUUCUGUGCCGAUUUCAAGAGUUCUUCCAAGUUACGGGAUAGUGGUAUUUUUGUUGAUGCGCGAGCUAGCAGCGAUGUUCAUGACUUGACAAUAUCGCGGAGUAUCAAUGGCUAUCCUCUCCCGGGUGGUGGCUUCGUUCGCUUUAAUUCCCCGUCCGACGGCACAGUGCAGGCCCGCGUCGGAGUAAGCUUCAUCAGCCCAGACCAGGCUUGCUCCAGUGCCGAGUCUGAGAUUAGUGAUUUCGAUUUUGAGUCUACACGUCAGGCAGCUGUCGAUAAAUGGACCGAGAAACUCAAACCCAUUCGGGUUUCACGAAACGGCGUCCAAUCAUCGGUUCUCACCAAUUUCUAUAGUGGCAUCUACCGAACUAUGGUGAGCCCCCAGAACUAUACUGGGGAAAAUCCGCUUUGGACCAGUUCAGAGCCAUACUUUGAUUCGUUUUAUUGUCUAUGGGACUCUUUCCGCUCCCAAUUUCCAUUUCUCACAAUUACCGAUCCCAGUACACUUGCUCAGAUGGUUCGCUCUCUGAUUGAUACUCAGCGUCAUCUUGGGUGGCUUCCUGACUGUCGCAUGUCACUUUGCAAGGGAUAUACACAAGGAGGCUCAAACGCUGAUAAUAUCCUUGUCGAUGCUUAUGUAAAGGGCAUUACCGAUGGCAUUGACUGGGAUCAAGGAUAUACUGCUGUCCAGAGAGAUGCGGAAGAAGAACCCUUUGACUGGUCCAAUGAAGGUCGUGGUGGACUGCAAAGCUGGAAAUCGUUGAACUAUAUCCCAGUUGAAGAUUUCGAUUACGAGGGAUUCGGAACCAUGACUCGAAGCAUCUCACGCACCCUUGAGUAUUCGUAUAACGACUAUGCCAUCGCCCAGAUGGCCCGUGGAAUGAACAAAACAGCCGAUGCAGAGAAAUACGAAAAGAGUUCAGGAGCAUGGCAGAACCUAUUCAAAAAGGAUCAGACUUCAUACCUCAACAGGACCAACACCGGAUUUGUUGGAUUCUUCCAGCCGAAAUAUCUUAAUGGGACCUGGGGCUACCAGGAUCCACUCAAAUGCUCAAAUAUUGACAACACUGGAAGCGUAUGCUCUCUCCAGAAUACAGGAGCCGAGACUUUCGAGUCAAGCGUAUGGGAGUACCAAUUUUUCGUACCCCAUGACAUGGCAGCGCUUAUCUCCCUACUCGGCGGACCCUCAAGCUUCGUCAAACGUCUCGACUUCCUACACGAUCAAAACAUCACAUACAUCGGCAACGAGCCUGCUUUCCUGACAGUAUUCCAAUACCACUAUGCAGGUCGUCCUGCAAAGUCCACCGCACGAGUCCGUACAUACAUCCCAGAUUACUUCUCCCCAACCCCCAGCGGUCUUCCAGGAAAUGACGAUUCUGGAGCAAUGGGAUCGUUUGUCGCGAUGUCGAUGAUGGGGCUGUUCCCGAACCCCGGACAGAGCGUGUAUCUGCUCACUGUUCCGUUCUUUGAGUCCGUGAGCAUCACUUCGCCGUUGACGGGCAAAACGGCUACACUCCGCGUUUUCAACUGGGCUGAUUACAACUCCAUCGACGAUACCGGUGGAUCGGGCUUCAUUCAAUCUGCAACUCUCAACGGACAGCCGUUUACGCGCAGUUGGGUUGAUCAUGACUUCUUCACCGAGGGUCAAGAUUUGGUUCUCACUUUGGGUCGUAAUGAGAGCACCUGGGGUACAAAGGCCGAGGAUUUGCCGCCUUCUUUGUCGCACUCUUCGAGUGUGCAAGCGCGUGGACUACGGCAUUUGAGCGACGUUGGCAGUAGUGGAGAGUAUGCUGGCAACUUUGACGCUCGCCUCCGCUCACCGCGUGGACAUUGA